AUGUCGAAAUAUAAACACCACUCGAGGUCUCGAAUACAAGGAGAUGGUGAUGGUACCAAUUUACCUAUAAGGUCGAUUGAUAACAAUUCCGAUUAUGGAGAAGAUGAAGAUAAUAUUGGACCACCGAAACUAAGUAAUUUUGGGUCUGCAUUAUUAGCAAGAGGCAACGACACGGGUAGGAGCAAUUUUCUUACAAGAUUACAAAUGGCAGAGACAUUGACGAACCCUGUUGAACCACAUUCCAGAUCACAAACAAUAUAUUCUCAAAUUCAAGAUUCACCACAAUCUUCACUUUUUGCAACGAACCAUAAUAAUAAUAAUGUAAACGUGAAUAACAGGCCGUUAAGCAUGACGACAGUCCACGAUAAUAAUGGUAAUAAUGACGAAGACAUUAGUAAACACAGUGAAAAAUUUUCACCAAGUAGCAAACUAAGGUCAAUGCAACAACACAUGAAGGAUGAGCUUACUUCAAGAUACACGGAGAGAAGAAUUAAUCGACUGUUAUUAAGCAGUGAUAGAAUGAGCAAAUUGGGGCCUGCAAAAAGAACAUCUAGUUUACAAAGUAUAGACUUGAAUGAUCAGUUUGCUAGUAAUAACAUCAACCUUCAGAAUAAUGGUAGCAAUCUUACAACCAAAAGUCUUAGUGGUACAAUAUCUACGUCAAGACCUAUAUUAUCUCCGAGUAACACGGAUGCAGUAAUCCCUUCCGCACCACUAAAUGAUUAUUCUAAUAUUGACUUUGGCGAUUUGAAUCCUUUACAAUAUCUAAAGAAACAUGACCUUCCUUCGAGUGAAUUGCCACAUAUCUCAAAGAUAUACUUUGAAAAAAGAAAAGAAGAAAUACGACGUACAGCAUUGAGAAAGCAUAGUUCGUCAAAGGAUAUAUUAUUAAAUAGGACAAGAUACAUAGAUGAGAACAGCAAUAACAAUAGUCAUACCAGUAUCAGAAACAACAGUAAUAACAGACGUAGCAUAGAUAUUGAUAAAGGUAGUCCCAUAAUUAUUGACAGAUCUGAGGAGCCACCUAAUAGAAAUUCAAUUUUUAAGGAGCAACAAAAUAUUGAUAUUGAAUCAAAUGUGCCUGCGAAUGAUUUCAAUGUGAAAAAUAAGAAGAGAGAAGCGUUAUCCAAUAUUAGUUUAAAUAAAAGAGAACCGGAACAUAAGAAAACGAAGAAAGUAGAAAUACAAGAGCCCAUAAAGACCAACACCUACAGACGUAAUAACAUUGUAAGGGUUAAUGAUGUUGAAUAUGAAAGGAUUGAAAUGUUGGGUCGUGGUGGAUCCUCUAAAGUUUAUAAAGUUAAAGGUCCAGGUAAUAAAGUGUACGCUUUGAAAAGAGUUAUCUUUGAUGAAUUUGAUGAAUCAAGUGUAAAUGGUUUCAAAGGAGAAAUUGAGCUAUUACAAAAACUCGAUAGAAAAGAUAGAGUUGUUCAUUUAUAUGAUUAUAUGAUGGAUCAAGGUUUAUUAUAUUUAAUUAUGGAAUGUGGUGAUUUUGAUCUUUCACAAAUUUUGAAUACACGAAUGAAUGAUCCAUUUGAUGUAUCUUUUAUUAGAUAUUAUACAAAAGAAAUGAUUGAGUGUAUUAAAGUUGUUCAUGAUUCUGGUAUUGUUCAUUCUGAUUUAAAACCUGCUAAUUUUGUUGUGGUUAAAGGAAAGCUAAAAAUUAUUGAUUUUGGUAUUGCUAAUGCUGUACCUGAUCAUACGGUAAAUAUAUAUAGGGAUACACAAAUCGGUACACCAAAUUAUAUGGCCCCUGAAGCAUUAAUUACUAUGAAUUAUCAUGAUAUUAAAGAUAAAUCAAGGGAAGAUUCUAAUCAAAAAUUACCCAAAAACACGUGGAAAGUUGGUAAACCAUCCGAUAUUUGGUCAUGUGGUUGCAUGUUGUAUCAAAUGGUAUAUGGGAAACCACCUUAUGCAGGAUUCCAAGGACAAAAUCGAUUAUUGGCAAUUAUGAACCCUGACGUCAAAAUUAGUUUUAGCGAGAAAACGGAUCACGGUGAAUCUAUUGUUCCGAAGUCUUUAUUAGAAUUAAUGAAACAAUGUUUAAUUAGAGACCCUGAUAAACGUUGUACGGUAAAUGAAAUAUUACAAUCUUCCUUCUUGAAGCCUGUGGUUGUCACAGAAUUUUUCAUCAAAGAUUUAAUUAAAAAUGCGGUGACGUUCGGUGCCAAACAAAGGUAUGUAUCAGAUGAUAAAAUUGAAGAAUUAACUAAUGAUGUAUUGAAUCGUCUCGAAGAGUUUAAAAUGUGA